AUGAAUAAUUACAAAAUGUCCUACACCUUGUAUAUCGACAUUAUGACGCGUCACUCAAAAAACUGUACUGCUCAUACUGUCUAUACUUAUUAUGAGCGAAAAAAUGAUGCGCAGAGGUCUGGCUUUGGUACACAGGAAAUUCGAUUAGGCAAGGAUUCAGUAAAAGCACUUGAUUGCUGCUGUCUUUCAUUGCAACCAGCAAAGGAUCCUGUGGUUACCAGUGAUGGAUUUCUGUACGACCGAGCAGUUGUCUUAGAAUACAUCGUUGGCCAGAAAGCUGAAAUUCAACGGAAACUUAGGUUGUACGAAAAGCAAAAGGCUCGUCUAAACGCUGAAGCCAAAUUACUACGCAAGGCUGAGAAAGAGGAGGAAGCUCGACGCUUUUUAUCGCUAAAUACUCUAGAUACUCAUUCACAAGCAUCUGCACAGGCUGCUGAAGCGGAAGCUCUCGCUUCUUUGCCCCACAAACGCAAUGUAAUGCCUGGAAAGAAUUCGUGUUUCUGGGCUUCUGCCAGCACGCCAGACCAGGAAUUCGACAAAGAACUCAUGGGUAAACCUGAUACAGUUGUACGUUGUCCGAUGAGUGGUAAGCCGUUGAAGUAUAAAGAUUUAGUCGGUGUAAAGUUCACCAGCUUUGAGGAUGAUUCUAAAGUAAUGGGAUUCAGUCAAAACAAACCAGUCAAUCGUGAAGUUAAAUACUGUUGUGCUGUUUCUAAGGAUCCCCUAACAAAUGCCACAUUCUCCACAAUACUACAAUUUAUUGGGAAUUUGAAGCUUCCGAUUUACCAUGUUAAUUCUGAACAAAUCAAAAUUCUGAAGACUCCACAAGAUUUCUUCCAUGGUUUAUUGGAGCAUAUAGGUAGUGCAAAUAAGCGAAUUAUUUUAUCAACUUUGUAUAUUGGAACAGGUUCUUUAGAAAGUGAAUUAGUUAUUGCACUUAAGAAAGCUGUUUGUGAGAGAAAUGUGAAACUCACCAUUCUAAUGGAUGCUACACGUGGCCUACGACCCAGUGUAACAACUAAAUACUAUGCAGGUAUAAGCAAUACGGAUACUUCAUCGUCUACUAAGAAUCUACUGGAACCAAUUCCGCAUUCUUCAUCUCAUUUUUUAUCUCAUUUAACUGCCCUACCAGAUGUAUCAGUUCUGCUCUAUAGUCAUCCUUCUCCUUAUAAGUGGAUUAGAUAUUUUCUCCCAAAUCGUUGGAAUGAAAUAUUCGGUGUUCAACAUAUCAAAGCGUAUGUCUUUGAUGAUUCAGUUAUUAUGAGUGGUGCCAAUUUGAGCCACGAAUACUUUACAACGCGGCAAGACAGAACUUGGCUAUUCAAAAAUGUUCCCAGUUUAGCUAAUUUCUAUGUCGAUCUAAUACACGUAAUUAGUAAAUUUUGCUAUUCCGUCUGUCCAGAUGGCAAUCUGAUAGCCAAUAGUAAUGAUAUUGCCUCAGCUAGUUCUUCUAUAUUUCGACAGAAAUUACACAACGCCCUAGUUAAUUUCCUUCACAGUAAACAAGUGGAAAGUUGUAGUAUAAAUGCUGUAAAGCCAAUGUUGACAACAGAUACUUAUUGUAUCCCUUUACUGCAAUAUGGUCAUUGUGAUAUUCGCUAUGAAGAGGAUUUUAUGCAACGUUUAUUCAAGUAUUUCUCUCAUCAAGUGCAUUCACCCUUCAAGUUAUUUCUAGCCUCUGGGGCUACAGUUAAUCUAUUGUGUGCUUCACCAUCGGCGAAUGGAUUUUUAAAUUCAAAUGGUAUUUCAGGGUAUAUACCGUUGGCGUAUAGAGAAGCGCUUAUUCAACUGCUCCAGUCAUUUCAAUCUGGUUUAGUAAAUUUAAGUAAUGUUGGAGUCUAUGAGUAUCACAGGCCUAAAUGGACAUUUCAUGCUAAAGGUUUGUGGAUUGAUGGGGUCGAUGGUGAGGAUGACAGUACAAACAUUCGUCCGUACAGUUUAUCACUUGUUGGUUCAUCAAACUAUAGUUAUCGUUCAUUGAAUCGAGAUGUUGAAAGUCAAUUAUUUGUAUGUACAUUCAAUAAACAGUUCAGUCAACAUCUCCAGGAGGAAAGAAAUCAUAUUUUCUCUUCUAUGUAUUGUUAUCCUGUAACUUUGAGUCAGUUAACUCAUCAGACCGAUUAUCGUUUACCAUGGUAUACUAGAUUUAUGCUUCCAGUAUUUCGACGUUAUAUGUAG